GAAAUACCAAAACAAACAUCCGAGAUCGAGAUGGGUUGGAUGCGAAAAACAAAGGAUAGGAAGCAUGAUGGGGAGGAUGGAGACCUUGUAGAGAUGGUACAUAUCGAAGAUGCUGCUGAUGGGAAUUCAGAGACUCUGGAUGUUAAGUUGUAUUCGAGAGAGAGGGUUCCCUUCCUGGAACCGAAAGUCGUCGCCAAACAUACUUCUGUCGAAGCGGGUAGCAUUUGUGAGUUCUGGUUCCAUAUGAAUUUUAAGCAUGGCCACUUAUUAGCGGUUUACAUUAAUUGUGGGAGCUUUUGCGAUUACCCAAGCAUUCUAGCCACCCAUAUUUUUUUCAAUGACUGUUUAAUGCUGACCGCCGCGCGCCCUUCCUAGGGAUCGUAAUCGACGGGAUAGUCUACGAUGUGACCACAUUUCCUACAGAGCAUCCAGGUGGGGCAGAGAUAAUCGAAUACUUUGGUGGUCAGGACUGCUCGUGGCAGGUAAAUCUUCACCCUCCAACUUCAACAGUCAUCUCCGGGAAUCAUGGUGCGUAGUCCGGUGCUGACAGCCUCCGUUAGUUCUGGAAGUUUCAUACCUAGAGCCACCUAGAGCAGUUCAAGGAUAAGCUGCGCAUAGGUCGGGCGGAAGGGUUAGAAAACAGGUGGCCCGAGCCAAAGAACUAUAUGGCUUGGGCAAAGGGGUAUACCUGGUGGUGA